GGAGGGUCUGAUUUGGGAAGAUAUAAACUGGAUGGAUAAUGGAGAAUGUUUAGAUUUGAUUGAGAAGAAAUUGGGCCUUCUGGCACUGAUUAAUGAAGAGAGUCACUUUCCGAAGGGAACUGACAGCACUUUGCUUGAAAAACUCCACAAUCAGCAUUCGCAAAACCCAUUCUACGUGAAGCCUCGGGUUGCUGUGCAUUAUUUUGGAGUGAAGCACUAUGCAGGAGAGGUUGUGUACGACGUGAGAGGAAUACUCGAAAAAAACAGAGAUACCUUCAGGGAUGAUAUUCUGAAUAUGCUGCGAGAGAGUAGGUUAGAUUUUGUCUAUGACCUCUUUGAGCACGUCUCCAGCCGGAACAACCAGGACACUCUGAAAUGUGGAUCCAAACACAAGAGACCCACUGUCAGCUCUCAGUUCAAGAACUCCCUGCAUUCCCUGAUGUCCACACUCAGCACAUCAAAUCCUUUCUUUGUUCGCUGCAUCAAGCCAAACACUCAGAAGGUAAGCCUGAACUCCAGACUCCUCUCUCCUCGCCACUCUCCUAAUUAA